AUGAUCAUCAUGAUCAUCAUCCUUUCUUCUCUUCUCGGCCAUCUUCGACUCGUUUUCCUGCAUCUCUUUUCUCAAUUUUAUUCUCAUUAUUAUAUUUGUUCUUCUUCACCGACUUCUUCUCGAUUACCUUCUCACUAUUCUCUUUUACCCUCUUCUUCUUUGCUACUACUCCAUCAUUUAUAUCCAUUGUUUCUUAUGGCAUUAUUAUCGUACUGGUCUUAUCUUAGUUGUUUCUUAUCGCAUUAUUUUCGGCAAAAUAUUAAGACUGACUCAUUUUAUCUCUCUUCUUUUCCUCUACAAAUUCUUUCUUUUCUUAAUCUAAUUUUUCCUUCUUUCUUUCGCUUCCCUCUUAUCUUCUUUAUUUUCUUCUUUCGAUUCCGUCACUUUUUUCUUUCCCUUCUUCUUUCAAGUUUCCAUAUUCCCUUUAGUAUUUCAUUUAUCCACUUUUCUUCUUUCGUUUUUCGUCAUUUUCUUUCUUCAAUUCCUAUCAUGAUCAAAGACAGGUUCUACUUUCUCCUUUAUUUCUCCUCCCCACUCCCUCUCAUUAUCUCUAUCACCUCUUGCUCUCCUCUCUCAGCUAUCUCCCCUUCUCUCUAUCUCAUCUCUCGGUUCUUUCUCUCUCACCCUCUCUCUCUCUCUCUCUCUCACACACACACACACACACACACCUACAGACAUGUAUAG